GUCUCAUUUCCGAACCCAUCGACUUGCAGGCCACCUGCAUUGACGUUCAUGCAGCAAGGCGACUCAGUGAGCAUGCGACGACUCCCAGAGACCAAGGCAGUUGAAAUGACCAACGACAAUAACAUCAGCGCGUCCUCGGCAAGGGGACCAUGGGCACAGGACGAAGUGCACCGAUUAACCCAGGCACUGACCAUGUUCCCCGACGGACAGUACCUCGACAUGGCAAAGUACAUUGGCACGCGGUCGCCGCAACAGGUCCAGAUGUACGUUCAAAAGCACCGUGAUGCACUCAGCAAGCGCCAAGUGGGCCAUCGGAGGCGUCGCAGUUGGGAAGAAGGCCAACCUCACCACGUCGUUCCUUCAGGUAGCACGCCUUCGUCCUCCGCAUCGCAACCCUCGUCGCACCACCAGCGCCAACCCGUGCAUCCAACGUACCUCCACCCGCCACCGUCGCUGGCCCGACCCACGCUUCCAUCGCCUCGGCUUGCCACGCCGCACAACAGCCGCUCGUUGGCGUCGAUGGGCGAUUCCGUCCUGAUCCAGUUCCCUGGCACAUCGUAUCGAGAAAAACUGUUGAACUUUUACUACAAAUUCAAUCCGUCCAAGGUCCACGAGGUGGACCACAUUCUCGACCUCUUCCGCAACCGUGAACUCCGCUUGUUCCUGAACCUGUCGCUCAAGUACCAACUCUCCGAGUCCAUGCCCGCGGAACUCAUCACACAGCGCCUUCGAUCGAUUCAGCGCACGCCGACAUCGACCUCCGAAGACAGCAAUCUCCGCCUGCUCAGUACGGUCGUGCCGCCGCCCCAACCCUUCCACGACACACGGCCGUUCCUGCCUUCGCCGAUGGCUCUCCGCCACGGCAACGGUUCCUUGCCGACUCUGCGGCCGCCGCUAAUCUCCCUCACUCCCACCGGUCGCACUUCGUCCUCGUCCCCAUGGUCCAACACCCCGUCGUACCACAUUUAGCUUGUUAGUGUUAGAACAAACAAUCAAAACCGACACACUAUCAUUAUAUAUAUAUAUAUAUAGUAGCGCAA